AAUCUGGUGAAGCAAGGUCAGUCAUGCCAGCAAGCAAGGUGCAAUACAGGUCGCCUGCCCGCUACUCAGGUGCGGUGGAGGUGAGUCCUGUCGAAUGCUGGCACAAUCUUUUGCUUGUAGCAGGGACGAGAGUCGGAAGAAAGGUGAAAGCUUGUGCAAAACAGAUGUGGCUGAGCUUGAGCGUGGCUGCCGCAGCAAGCGUCACGUCCUCCAAACACUCACCACGACCACUCACGACCACCACUACCGCUGACUACCCAGUAAAACAUCCGUUCCUUCCGACAACCCUGCGACUAUUAUGCUUCAUGGCAACUUCUCAACACAAAAACAAGAAGGCAUCCAAGUCUAGAGAAGUACGCCAGAUUGCUGCAAAGACUGCUUUGCAGAAGCGGGAAAAGUCUCGGAAGGGGACCUCGAAAGCACGAAUGACUGAGCUGACAGAUGAACUCAAUCGUCAGUAUGCUGAAGUAGGAAUGCAACCGUCCACAACGGUACAACUUCGGCCGGCUGCCACACAAUCCUUUGAUGAGCCCAUCCAGAAUUUGGCCGAUGUUCUAGGCACACUAUGACAUCGCACUUGAAUUCUAUCUAGCUGGUAUGGGCCAGAAUUCCGAAGAGUGAGAAGAACACUUUGUUGGAUGUGUACGUUUAACGUGAUUCAAAUAGUUCCGUAUUCAGUAUCACACGUCUAUCGAUACAGCUCUGAAAGAAAAACAUUCAUUGUACUACACUAAUCGCCACUAUACAACAAUCUAUAGCACUACG